CGCACCCGGGAAGCUCUCCCGAAGCCGGCGGCGGCGGCGCAGGCCAUGGCGGCGCCCGCGGUGUGCACCUCGCAGGGGCCCCCGUCCGGUGCCCCGUCCGCGCCGGCGGCCGCACCCGCGCCCGCGGCCGGCCUGGGCCGCUGCCGGAUGGCGCUGCUGCUGGCGGUGGCGCUGGACGUGGCGGGCAUGGCGGCGCUGCUGACCGGCGUGUUCGCGCAGCUGCAGGUGCGCGGCCGCGACUUCGGCGACCUGCUCAUCUACUCGGGCGCGCUGCUCGUCUUCCUGAGCCUGCUCGGCUGGAUCCUCUGGUACACCGGCAACAUCGAGAUCUCGCGCCAGGAGCUCGAGCGCGACUACGGCCUGCGGCCCUCGGCGCUCGCCCGCCUCGCGCGCAAGCUGUCCCGCCGCUGGUCGGCGCCCGCCGCCGCCGGCCCGCGCCCGCCGCCCGGCUCCCGGGGAGCGCGCCGAGUCGCCCGUGCGCCCCCGCCGCCCGCCGCCGGCUCCCGCCGCGUGCGCCUGCAGCUCGCCACGCUCGAGGCCGGGCCCGGGGCGGCGGGCGCGGGCAGCGAGUGAGCCCCAGAUGACCCCAUGGCCCCACCUGUCAGGACUGGACUGAGAUGUGCAACUGUCCCCUACAGCGCUGCCACCAGGAUGCUACCUGUCCCCCCUCUAUCUCACUGGGAUAAACAACUCUGCCU